CGCUGAACCUUCGUCGACUUCGGAACGAAUCGCUCUCCUUACUCUCCUUCGCCAACUCGAGAGUUUAAAGAGUCAGUAGUUUGACUAGUUUUUGUAUCCCUCUGUUUUGUUGUUCCUUCUCUUGUCUUCACAUUGUCAUCAUAUUCUCAUCUGCAUUAGCCUCGCGUGACUUCGUCGUCAUCGCCGCAGCGGUCACUUGGAUUGGCUUUGAUUGUUGUCUCAGCCGCGAGGCCCCUCGCUAUUUAUAGUGUGUCUUGAGUUCUGAUUUUCACUUUGUGUAAUCGAUACAUGGGGUUGCCUGCUGCGAUGUUACAAGAACAUGACAAAUGUUUCGAUCGGUUAAGGUGCGAGCGAACGCGUUAAGGUGAAAGUUAACGCCACCGAGGAAGUGUCGCAUUGCGCGGGUUUGAAUAAUUGCUGCGCCGGAAUGCUACUUAGUGUGUAAAAUAGUGUUCAGCUGCUGCCUGCAAGUCGUCGUCGGAUGUACACUUCUGGCGGAAUUUGUGCAACUCCGGAAUCUGUUUGAAAUAAAUUUCAAGCCAAAGCGCGCGCGAGCGAGAUCUUUUCAUCAUUUCGAAAAAUAUAAAUUUUCCUCCUCUUGCAGAGUGAGAGAAAGAAGAUAGUUUGUGGCAGAGGAAAAACAUAAAACACGACGAGUUUGAGCGGGAGGAACGUCUUCCGGUCACGAAGGCAGAGGUUGAAGAACUUGCGCGGCGCGGCGUGACAACCAAAAUAAACCAGUGUUUACAAAAGGCAAGUGAGACGACGACGAAAAAAGUCGACGUUGAAAACAAAACGUGAAAAAAAAUUAUACAAAAGUGCAUUAAACUUCCGUAUUCGGGGACUGGACACGCAGUAGGCGUAGCGCGCUGUCAACUAUCAACGGGGCGGCUUGCUUUGAUUGAAGUGUUUUUUGUUGUUUUGUUUUUCUACGGAGAGAAAAAAAAGUGCGUGAGUUGGGAGUUAACGAAGAGAAGUCAACAAUUUAAUCGUUAAACAUGGCCGCUGACAAGUUACGACUAAGGUGGCAGAGGUGUGAGCAGCAGGUGUAAAGCGGGAAAGUGACCGGUCGAAAGGAGAGAGAAAGUGGAGUUACUAGAGAGAAAUUAAUUAUUAACAUAAAGAACCCCAAUGCCACCUCGGGUUGGCAGCACGGCAACAAUGGCAGCUGUCAACGACGACGACGUUGCCACCGCCGCCAUCUUGGAUUCGCGAACCACUAGUCGACCGGCGGUCAUGUACAGUAGUCAUAGCAAUAGCACUAGUUCCGUAAGCCUACUAGGAUUAGCGAGUCGCCGGCUGCGAUGGGUAGUGGCCGCGGUGACUCUGUGCACAGUAUUGUCCCGGGUGGACGCCGUUUGCGAGCCGGACCGCUGGUGGAACCCGGAGCGGUCCGAGUGUGUUCCCUGUCGGGUGUGCGACGAGCAGCAGCUGGUGAUGCGACCCUGCCAGGAGUACAUGGACACUGUGUGCGGCACCAUGAAGGACCUGGACAUGGAUCUGGCGCAGUUGGCGCGGCCUGAGGAGAGCGGAGAUAACCAGCAGCGGCACUGGAAGGAGGAACGCCGGAAAGACGCCGCCCAUCAUCGCUUCCACAAUGGCCGCGACCAGCGGCACCAGCAGCAACAGCACUCGCAAGGUCCGUCCAAGCCGGAGAACACCGCCGACAUCAUGUGGGACUGGCAGGCUGCGUCCCUGCUGCUGGCCAUCAUCGGCUGUCUGUUAUUCUUCUUCGCGGCGGCCAUCAUCGCGCUCAACCAAACGCGCCAGUGGAAACGCAUCGAAAAGCACUUUGACGCCGACAUGGAAGCGCUGUCGGCGCAGCUGAUGAACCAUCUGUCCAGCAUGCAGCAGCUCGAGAACGGGUCCAUCUUCCUGGACGACGUGAUCGGGCCGGAGCGGUUUCGUUCCGGCGGUGGUGGGUCCACCAGCAGCACCAGUGGCCUGCUUGGCAACAGUGGCGUUCACCACCAUCACCACCACCACCCGAUCGAGGUGCGUUGCGUCUACUUGGAUCAGCUGUUAGAUGGCAAAGGCUGCACCAAACAGCAGGGCCCCGGCAACCUGUACAUCGAGGAGCACCAGGGGGGAGGAGCAGCCCCGCCCGGGAACAAUGGCCCGUCGGCCGGAAGUGCAACCACGCUGACGACGGCCGGCCGAAUGUACUAAACGCAAUGAGGAAGAGUCAGCUUAUUUUUUUUUGAGGUUAUUUGACGUGUCAAAUCGCCUUCGCUCUCUGUUGUCAAUUCAGUGCGUAGAAAUUAUAGGGUUUUAAGUAUGGGGUAUGUUUUCAACUGUACAAAUCAUGCUUCCCGGGAGGGAAAUUUCGAUUUAAGUGAAAUAAUAAAAACGUAAUAUAUUCUGUUUUUUAUCUAGUUUUUAGCAAGCUGAACAAAAGUAUUGCAUCAACUACCUGUCGAAGUCAGUCGAAUCACAUUUUAAGCACCAGUUUGUAGACUUUAUCAUGUAUGUAGCAGCCUUCUAGGAAGUGCCUUGCUUAGAAACUACUCACGAAUAAACCAUGACAGAAAGAAAUGUUUAUAUUUUACCCUUUAGAAGAGUAGAACCGCACUAACUUUUCAAGCCAUAAGUGUAAAUAUAAUCUUGAAGUUAAUCUAGUAGGCAGGGAGAAAGUUUGAGACUCUUCUUGAAAAGAAGAGCUUGUCAAAUGUCAAUGCAGUGGAACGUCCAAAACUUACGUAGCAAUCAUUUAAAAAUAAAAAUAAAUCACCGGAAAAUUUCCUAAAAUUAGAAAGUAAACCUGCAAAUUAGGCAGCAGCGCCAAAUUCCAGCGUGAGUCAAUUACAAAUCGUGUAGGAAUUCGAACAACACUGUUUCGAUUGUGGACGUUAAAGGGCACGCGUCCAAAAAACAACGCACCGCUUGCAAAACGAAAAAUAAAACUUCAACCUCAAGCCAGCUUUCUGCGCCGCUUUGUA